CUUCUCUCAUUUAUUUUUCUCACGUACGCUAAUGCAUCACCACUUCUCACUUUGUCUCACUUUAUUUCCUCACCCACCACAUUUAUUCCCCCAAUUUAUGCUCUCAGAUCCUUCUCCCUGUUUUUACUAACCCUAGAUCUGUCUGUCCCCGCUGCAGGUGAACACUCUCAGUCUCACUCUGUGUGUAUGGGGUUGGGGAUUGCUUUUUCUUCUCAAUUUUUUUUCCGAUUUUUAAUUUUCCCUGCCUCUUUGAUUGUUCAGAUUCUGAUUGCAUUAUGCGUGCGUGCGUUUCUGUUGCAAAAAACGUGCACGGUUUAAGCUUAGCUUAGCUUUUUUUAAUAGAAAUUGAUACAAAUUUCUCAUAUUGAACCCUAAUUCAGCCUCUUGAAUCACUAUUGCAGUAACAAGGAAGAUUUAAGAAGAAAUGCUUUCAUGUUUAUGUUUUGCCUAAUUCAAAGUUUACUAUCGUUGUUGCAGGUUCCUUAGUUAGUGCUGCUGUAUUUGAUCGGUUUACAUAGGGGGGAGUGUGUAGUUGAGAGGAGGGAGGAUGAGCGAGAAAGCGCCAAUCACGGUGGUGGGAAUGGGGGCGGAGCUGGGGUAUGGGGGGUAUAGGGCACCGCCAUUCACAGAUGUGCAAUGGAAGGAGCUGGAGCAGCAAGCCAUGAUAUACAAGUAUAUGGUGGCUGGCUUGCCGGUGCCACCAGACCUCGUUACGCCUAUUCGUCACAGCUUCGAGGGACUCUACGCCCAUCUCUUCAACAAUCCUGCAUUGGGCUAUUGUUCCUACUAUGGCAAGAAGUUUGAUCCUGAGCCUGGGAGAUGCCGGAGAACUGAUGGAAAGAAGUGGAGGUGCUCGAAAGAUGCACAUCCUGACUCAAAAUAUUGCGAGCGGCACAUGCACCGUGGUCGCAACCGUUCAAGAAAGCAUGUGGAAUCUCAAUCUACAUCGCAGUCCAUGUUGACUGCAGGAUCUCACUCCUCUACUGGGGGCAGUAUAAACCGCGGAAGCUCUCAACAGAUGCCAUUGUACUCUGGUGCUAAUUCUGAAGGAUCAUCUGUUGGGAGCAAUGCAACAAAGUUGCAGAUGGGACCGUAUGGCAUCAGUGGCAGGGAAUUCAGUUUCACACAAGAAGCUUCUGGAAGGACGGGAGGUCUGGGUUUAGGUCCUAGUGCAGGCAGCGGCACAUGGGGUCUCAUGCCUUCUCAAGUUUCUUCGAGCUCCUUGUUCAAACAAGGAUCCAACUCCCGGAUGCUAGCCAGUUCUUAUACACCUCAUGCUCAUGAGCCCGUCUCAUCAAAACAGCAGCACCACGGCCUUUUCGGGAGUGAUAUCAGUUCACCAACGACACUGAAGCAGGAACAUCUUUUCUUCAGCGAGUGGCCUACGACCAAGGAAUCAUGGUCCAAUCUUGACAACAAUGGAACAAACGAGAAUGCCUUCUCCUCGACUCAGCUGUCCAUGCCCACUCCUAGGACAUCCUCUGGUUUUACUUCAGCAACUGCUUACUCUCCAAAUGCAGACGCUUGAAGUUGGAUGAUGAGUUGGUACUGCUUGGUUUUGUAAUCUCCAUCAUGUACCAUAAUAAGCUAUCAUCCCUACUAAACACUGGAUUAUGUCACUAUCGGUAUUUAGUAUUCCUAAAAUCGACUGCUUGUAUUAUUGUCCAAAUAAAUAUUUUGAUGACUAGUGUUUUACUUGCCUUUCGCUUA